UUUUCCAACGUUGGUGGAGAGACCAGAGCGAGCAAGUCCAAAGUACAGUCAAGCAGCUCGUGAAUUCAGGUCAACUGGAGUUCAUGUUGGAUUUGAUUCUGUCUUCUUUGCCCGAAUUGACUACCAAGAUAGAGCCAAACGGAAAGCAGAAAAAACUCUUGAGGUUGUCUGGCGAGCAUCUAAUAGUUUUGGUUCAUCUGCUCAGAUAUUUGCAGGUGCAUUUCCGGAGAACUAUGGACCUCCCAAUAAUUUCCAUUAUGAAGUUAACGAUGAUUGGCUUGAUGAUUCGGCUAUUGUUCAGGAUAACUACAAUCUGUUUGAUUACAAUGUCCUGGAGAGAGUGAAUGAGUUUGUGUCUGCUGCACUAUCACAAGCCAACAUCACUCGUACAAACCAUGUCAUGUGGACAAUGGGCAGUGACUUCAAGUACCAAUUUGCACAUACGUGGUUCCGGCAAUUGGAUAAAUUUAUUCACUACGUCAAUCAGGAUGGACGAGUCAAUGCCUUAUACUCGACCCCUUCAAUUUAUACCGAUGCCAAGCAUGCUUCCAAUGAUCAAUGGCCACUCAAAACUGGGGACUUCUUACCAUAUGCAGAUAAAAUAAAUGUUUACUGGACUGGAUACUUUACGAGCAGGGCUGCCCUCAAAGGCUACGUGAGGAUGCUGAGUGGUUACUACUUGGCUGCCAGGCAAUUAGAAUUUUUGGCAGGAAGAAAGAAACUGGGGCCAAACACUGAUGCCUUAGCUGACGCUUUAGCCAUUGCACAGCAUCACGAUGCAGUUACUGGUACUGAGAGACAGCAUGUUGCUGAUGACUACACCAAGCGACUAUCUGCAGGCUACAUUGAGGCUGAGGACGUAGUUGCAGCAUCUCUUGGCUGCAUGAUGGAGUCACCCAGAACAGCUUCUUGCAAUUCUUCAGAGAAAAAAAUUCAACAGUGUCCACUUUUGAAUAUUAGUUACUGUCCCCCGUCAGAAGUUGAUCUAUCAAAUGGGAAGAAGCUGGUGGUUGUUGUCUACAAUUCACUAGGAUGGAAAAGAGAGGAUGUUAUAAGAGUUCCUGUUGUUAGUGAAGAUGUUAGUGUUCAAGACUCCAGUGGAAGAGAAGUUCAAUCGCAGCUUCUUCCUAUAAUGAAUGUCACAUUGGGUAUAAGGAACUAUUAUACAUUGGCAUAUCUGGAAAAAUCCCCAAUUGUGACCCCCAAAUAUUGGCUUGCUUUCACUGUAUACGUUCCACCCCUUGGUUUCAAUAGUUACAUCAUUUCAAGUGCAAAAGGAAAAGUUGCUGCUGCAACUUCUGAGGUACAAAUCAUGUAUGCUUCGGAAAGGGGAAUGAAUGAUACAGUAGAAAUAGGGGAAGGAAACUUAAAACUUGUUUAUUCUGGAAAUGAUGCAAGACAGGCUGAAUAUAUAAACAGAAGAAGUUCGGUCAAAGCACCUUUGGAGCAAUCAUACAGCUUUUACACCGGAGAUGAUGGAAGUGUGGAUCUUCAGUCCUCUGCAUCUGGAGCAUACGUCUUUCGGCCGAAUGGUACAUACCCUAUUAAGUAUGACAGGAAGGUUCCUUUGACUAUUUUGCGUGGACCACUGGUGGAUGAAGUACAUCAAAGGAUCAAUCCAUGGAUGGAUCAGAUAACAAGAGUUUACAAGAAAAAAGAGCAUGUUGAGGUUGAGUUCACUGUAGGGCCUAUCCCAAUUGAUGAUAAUAUUGGCAAAGAGGUUGUCACUCAGAUUAGAACUACCAUAAACAACAAUAAGACGUUCUACACUGAUUCUAAUGGUCGUGAUUUCCUAAAAAGGAUUCGAGAUUACAGAGAAGAUUGGGAUUUGAAGGUUAAUCAACCAGUUGCGGGAAAUUAUUACCCUAUUAGUCUUGGCCUAUAUAUUCGAGAUGACAGUACAGAGCUCUCAGUUCUAGUCGAUCGACCUGUGGGAGGUUCAAGCAUCAUUGAUGGGCAAUUGGAACUAAUGCUCCACAGGAGGUUACUUUGUGAUGAUGACAAAGGCAUCGCCGAGGCGCUAAAUGAAACACUAUGUGUCAUUGAUGAUUGCAGGGGACUCACUAUCAUGGGAAAGCACUACCUGAGAAUUGAUCCUUCAGGCGAGGGUGCUAAAUGGCGUAGAACAUUUGGACAGGAGAUAUAUUCUCCGCUUCUACUAGCCUUUACAGAGCAGGGAGGGAAAGAUGGGGCAAACUCCUAUAUACCAACCUUUUCAGCAUUAGCUUCUUCUUACACCUUACCUGAUAAUAUUGCCCUGAUCACCCUCCAGGAGCUGGAAGAUGGGAAUGUUCUCCUUAGAUUGGCACACUUAUAUGAGAUUGGAGAGGACAAGGAUCUCUCAGUUAUGGCCAAUGUCGAAUUGAAGAAACUCUUUCCAGAUAAGAAGAUAAACAGGAUAGUGGAGCUUAAUUUAUCUGCUAACCAAGAAAAAGCGGCUAUGCUGAAAAGAAGACUGGUGUGGAAAGUAGAAGGCUCUCCUGAAGGAGCCAAUCCAGUCAGGGGAGGUCCUGUAGAUCCUAUAGAACUUGUGGUGGAGCUUGCACCCAUGGAGAUCCGCACCUUUGUUUUAAACUUUGGCUCUUAAGGGCGGUGCAAAU